UCGCCUCUCUCUCUCUCUCUCAGCACUGGAAAGAGGAGACCAUAAUUAAUUGCAGGAGAGGAGGGAGCGCAAGUGAUAAGAGAGAGAGAAAGAGAUACGAAAGGACGGAGGAGCAACAGCAAUGGCCGCUCUGUCCUCCAUCCCCACCCUCUCCAAGUCCCUGUCCCCAAAGCUUCCCAAAGCUGUCACCUGUAGGCUUCGCUUGUCCAUCUCUUGCUCCUCCUCUUUGCCUCAGCAGCAGCAGCAGCAUGGAGAAGAGUCCGUGUCUUCUUCUCUCAAGACGUUCUCCGCAGCCCUGGCGCUCUCCUCCCUCCUCCUAACCUCUGCCGCUGCGCCUCCCCCAGCCGCGGCCGACAUCUCCGGCCUCACCCCCUGCAAGGAGUCCAAGGCCUUCGCGAAGCGCGAGAAGCAGUCGAUCAAGAAGCUGGAGGCGUCGCUCAAUAAGUACGCGCCGGACUCGGCGCCGGCGCUCGCCAUCAAGGCCACCAUCGAGAAGACCAAGCGGCGGUUCGAGAACUACGGCAAGUUCGGUCUCCUCUGCGGCUCCGACGGGCUGCCCCACCUCAUCGUCAACGGCGAUCAGCGUCACUGGGGCGAGUUCAUCACCCCCGGCCUGCUCUUCCUCUACAUCGCCGGCUGGAUCGGGUGGGUAGGCCGCAGCUACCUCAUCGCCAUCCGCGACGACAAGAAGCCCACCAUGAAGGAGAUCAUCAUCGACGUGCCGCUCGCCACCAGGCUGCUGUGGAGGGGCUUCAUCUGGCCGGUGGCUGCCUACCGGGAACUCGUCAACGGCGAGCUAAUUGCCAAGGACGUGUGAUCCCUGGGCGCCACCGCCACCGAAUCAAAGAUGCCUCCUUUUUUCCCCCCCUCUUCUCUACCCCUCUGCUUCUCCAACUCAAUACUGUAUCAGUUGCUUCAGCUCCAAAGAAUGUAUUUUUCGCCACAAAAUAUCGAUCCUCAAUUCCUAAUGAACACAUACCAAUGGAAGAAGAUUUCAAGCUUAAAUCCA